AUGUGUUUUAUAGGUAAAAACAAUGAUUUGGAUAUGUUUAACGAUAUGGAAGAAAAAUGUCCAACACUUCGUAUAUUUUUAAGAAAAGAUAAAAUUAUCAAGCCAAUUGGACUUAUUUGUCGUAAAGGAAUACAAAAUAUAAAAAAUGGGGAUUCAACAUUUCAUUUCUCAUUUAUUCAUCCUGACUAUGGUAUUAUUAAAGUAACAAAAGAUGUUUUAUCAACCAAAUCAAAAUUUGCUCAAGAGAUUAAAUUAUUAUCAGAUAUGUUUUAUAGUGAUAUAGAAAUUUCUCAACCAAAAUUUCCGAUUAAUUUUCAAAUAAAUUUUGAAAUUUUAAUUUUUGAUAAUUUAUAUUAUUUAGAAUCAUUAAAUAAUUAUAUAAAAGAUCAAUUUAAUCAAUCUCAUUAA